UUGACGUGUUUAUUUUUGUAAUUAUGUUUAAAAAAAAUCUGUAAAUUUUCAUUUCUAUUCGAAUCAAGUGCCUUCUAAUUAUAAAUUUAUUAAAUUGUGACAUGAUUGAAGAAUAAGCUAUCAUUAAAAUAAUAACCUUAAAGUUCUAUGGAAGUAAACAUUAAAAAUAUAGUGACCUCGUCUAUUCGAAGGUCUGGUGAUCUCGUUUAGGUAUGUCGGUUUGGUCAGCUAGUACUGUCGGUAAUAAUUACAACUGCGGCCAUCCUCCCAGUCGUUUCAGUCAUUCUAACAAUUAUUGGUGUCCAAGUUUGACCAAGGUACGAAACUAAAACUUCCAAGCACUUUGUUAUUCCUUCUAUUAACCACAUCACUAAAAAACUUAAUAAUUUUAUUUAUGAAUGUAGCUAUAGUUUGUAUUUUAAAAUGUCAAGCAUCUGAAGCACUUUAAGAUUGAUUUUGUGAUAUUUGGCCCAUAAACCAAAAUUAUAAGUACAGAAUGACAAAUGAUACACCUAUUCAAUCGGGGGAUGCCCUCCACACACCAGCCUAUCUAUCAUGGAGGAAACUACAACUCAGCAGAGCUAAACUCAAGGCUUCCAGUAAAACAUCAGCUCUUCUUUCAGGAUUUGCAAUGGUGGCAAUGGUAGAGGUGCAACUAAACACACCAACUAAUGUUCCAGCAGGAAUGCUGAUUGCUUUCACAGUGUGUACCACACUAUUAGUCGCAGUACACAUGCUGGCUCUGAUGAUAAGUACCUGUAUAUUGCCAAACAUAGAAGCAAUUGGCAACCUCCACAGUAUAUCAUUAGUCCAUGAAUCUCCACAUGAAAGACUACACUGGUAUAUAGAAAUAGCUUGGGCAUUUUCUACAUUACUUGGUCUAAUUUUGUUCCUAGUUGAAAUAGCCAUACUGUGCUGGGUCAAGUUCUAUGACCUAAGUCCGCCAGCUGCUUGGUCAGCAUGUAUUCUAUUAAUACCAGUUAUGAUCAUAUUUCUAGUGUUUGCCAUACAUUUCUACAUGUCAUUGGCCACACACAAGUAUGAAGUAACAGUGACUGGGAUCAAAGAAUUAGAAUUGCUUAAAGAACAGAUAGAACUAGGUGACCAUGACUCUCGCAUGAAUAAUCUGACACUUUUGGAUCAGGCCCGGGUUGUUUGAUAUAUUUAUAUUAUUUAUUGUGUGUUUAUUGAAGAGUUAAGUUGUUAUGUCCAAUUUUUUUGUACUGUAAUUUGGUACUUAAUGGUUUCACUAUAUGUAGUGCCAAUUUCAAUUUGAGGCUUUGGCAAAUUGUUGAACAUUUUGCUCUGUUUGAUACAUCCUUAAUGCUCAAAUAUAUAACUGAAGACAUUAGUUUUAUAAAGACAUGGAGAACAUUGAGUUCUCCAUGUCUAAUUGUAUCAUAGAAUAAUAAAGAGAAUCUAUUAAUCUAAUUUACCUAUAUUAAUUAUGGCAUCAUAUUGAGUUUUAUUUAUAUACUUACUAAUAUUUAUUUCUUCACUAUUUAUGUGUUAUGAUUUCCAAAUGAACAUCUGACACAGCUGUUAGUAUACAUUGCCAAUAUUUUGAUCAUCAAUUUACUUUGCUGCCUACAUUAAUUGUAUGAGUCAUUCAAUGAUACAAGAGACCAUAUCAAUGAUGAGAUGUAAUUAAUAUUUUAUUCGAUAGUGUGUCAUUGGUAAUAAGUAUGUAUUGUGUUGGUAUGUAAACUGAACAAUGACAGACCAUAGACAAAUAUAGUAUAGCAUAGUCAAAACAAGACCUUUGAUGAAUUAUAAUCAAGAUUCAUUAUCAAUAUAUGUAUAAAGUGCUAAAAAAUACUGUUGAACCUAUCACAAAUUCGAAAACUUGCUUAUUUACAUCAUUUUUAACACAAGGAUUGUUAAAAUAAAUAUGGAAGACAAAAUAGUUAGAAAUGAAACAGAUAUUAGAUGGUCUUAUAUUUGAGCCCUUUUUUGAGAUAGGGUGUGCUGAAAAUUCUGUAUUUAUCCAAGGUCAUCUACAUAUUUAUUAAUAAAUUUGGUGUACUUAUUAUUAAUAAACAAUGAUAAUAUUUUAAACAAGCAUUGGUUGAUGAAACUUUUAUCUUAAAUUGCUUCUUUUAAGCUAUUGUGCUACAAAUAAUGUGUUGAUAUUGCAUAUCCUACUUCAUUUAAUAUUUGUUAUCCUGUCCGUUAGUAGUUAGAGUAUCAUGUCAAAUAAGGGAUAGAACAUAACUGAUUCUUAUCUGAUUGAUAGACCUUGUGUAUAAUAGUUGUGGGUUUUGUAAUAAAAAUUAAAAUGAAAUGACAUAAAGCCAUUUGUAGGCAUUGUAUUAUUGUAAGAAAAUUUUCUUUUGAAUUAUGUAUAUAAAUUUUAUAAUCUUUUAUACAUAUUGAACCUUUUUAUUGUGUAUGUGAAGAACCUGUUAUUUGUUAGGGGAAUCAAGCAUUACAGACAACUGAAGUUCCUUUGUUGUCACCGAACUUGUUAUGUAAAAUAUUAUAUGAACAGUAAAUUAACAAUUUGUUGCUAUACUUAAUAAUUAAAUUUACCAAUAAGACCCUUUUGAGCCGGUUAGACUGUAUAGUAUUUUUGGUAUGGAAGAGUAGCUAAAGACAAAGUAAUCACCGCCAUCCACAUUCACAGAGUACCAGAGGAAUCACAGUAGCGUUGCCACUCUUGUACACAAUUUUUUGAUCUUUACUUAUCUUCAAUUAUUGUGUCUGAUCGAAAAUUGCCUAUCUUAUAUUCCUCUUGUGUUGUAGGGUAAUAUGGGCGGAGCUGAUAACUUCCAUGAGUCACUUUCACCAAAAAAACAUAAUUACUCAUCACAGCAACGUGUUGGAGUAGUAAUGGCACAAUACAGUAAUAUAACAGUGCUUUAACUUCAUACUAGAUCGACCGAACGCACGCACACAUACACAUUCACACGGCCGCUAAGUAAUCUUGGGGAGUUAAAAUUAUUGAGUGCCACACCGUACGCCGCCGAGACUGGUCGCUGUCCGAGUUAAAUUAUUACAUGGAGACCACUGUUCCAUUACUUGUAUUGUGCCCAUGCUUUGCAACAUGAAAAAUCACACCCGGAACGCCUAUCCAAGAUAUCGCGUAUUGACCAGUUCGAAAUUUAUUAACCGACGGCGUAUCUGUACUUACACAAAUAAGCCAGUUAAAUCACUCUACUUAUCAAACAGCUGAGAAACUGUGGCACUGUGAUAAAAAUAAUGACAUAGAAUUAAUAAAAUAUAUUAUGUAAUAUAAAAUUUGUAUUGUAGGUUCUAUAUAAAAUACCUAUGUGAUCUGGAUAAAACGAAUAAAUAUUACAUUUGAUCGAUACAGAA